UCCGACAGAGCGUUUACAUCUAUAAUUAUAAUAACAUUAUCUCAUGCCAAAGUUCAAGUUUUGUUAGUCUGGCGUCAUUUAGUUUCUUCAUCACGAUGAAUAUAUACGUGAAAAUUUAUUUAGUGCUAUUUUUUCUUAGUUCGGUGAAUUGUCGAAGCGCUCUGCAAAAGGAACUCACUGUUCUGUCCGUGAAAGAGUUCUUGACAAAUUAUGGCUACCUCCCAGAGAGAAUCAAAGGCAUCGACUAUACAUACACAAAAAAGGCGAUAGCAGAUGGCGUGAGAAAGAUGCAGGCAUUUGCCGGACUGCCACAAACGGGAGAAAUUGAUCAAGAAACUGAAAAGCUGUUCAAAACGAAACGAUGUGGCGUAAAAGACAUCGUCACUACAUCCUCUAAUCGAGACAAGAGAUAUAUCGUUCAACAGGGCUGGGAUAAGAAGACAAUUACUUACAGUGUUUUAAAUGGAACAAGCACUCUCGAAAAAUCUCGGGUGGAGACAUUGAUGGCUGCGGGUCUUGCAGUGUGGGCUCCGCAUGGAGGUCUGACCUUUCUUAAACGCGAUACCAAACCAGAUAUAUUAGUUUCAUUCGUCAACAAAGACCAUGGCGAUGGGUUUCCGUUCGAUGGUCCAGGCCGUGUAGUCGCCCACGCAUUUCCACCUCCUCACGGCGCGAUGCAUUUUGAUGAUGACGAGCUGUGGGCUGACAAUCCAGACGAGGAAGACGAUGAUGUGACAGACUUCUUCGCGGUCGCGGUGCACGAAAUAGGCCACGCGUUAGGCCUAUCACACUCGAAUGUUAAGGCAUCAGUGAUGUACCCUUAUUACCAAGUGCCAGUGGAGAAGUUGCACGAGGAUGAUAUAUCGGGCAUGCAACAGUUGUAUUCUUCAGUAACAAAUGAUAACUCUAAAGAAGAUUCGGAGGAGACAACAGAGGCAGUGGCCUCCCGCUCGUCUCUUGUGCCUCGCUUCACAAAAGCUGAUAUAGAUGAAGAUGACAUUCCUGAUCUCUGCUUCACAUAUUAUGACACGAUACAGGUCAUACAGGGAAAGAUUUUUGUGUUCGAAGAAGAGUGGGUGUGGGUGUUGACGGAAAGAAAGCAGAUAGAAGAAGGAUACCCGAAAAAGUUCCACGACGUGUUUAUCGGACUACCAAAAUAUAUUAAUGUUAUUAAAACGAUUUACGAGAAACGAAAUGGACAUAUAGUUAUAUUUUGGAGCCGACAUUACUGGGAAUUCAGCUCUCGAUUUCGUUUAAUAAAACGCGGGAGGAUCACAGAAUACUCUGUCCCACCACAAGUAUCGGAGCUGACGACAGUCUUCAUAUCUAACUAUAAUAAUAAGACCUACCUAUUUGAAGAAGAGAGAUUCUGGCGAUACAAUGAGGAUACAAAAAAGAUGGAUAGAGGUUACCCAAAGAUGAUGUCUGCCUGGAGAAAAGUCCCUGCUCCAGUUAAUGCAGCUAUUGUAUGGAAAGGAGAUACGUUUUUCUUCCAAGGACCACGUUUCUGGCGAUUUGAUAACACAUUAAUUCAAGCACACGAGUACUAUCCAUUACCGACAGCGCAAAUAUGGUUCCCUUGCGAAGCGACGCCAGAAAUGGGAAGGUACCUUACUAAUGAUGAACCAUAAAAUUCUCUGGCGUUAUACUUCAAGAGAUACAUAGCUAAGUGACAGGUUUUACAAAUGUAUGUGAUAGUUACUCAUAAGAGAAGUUUGAAUGAGCGAAUGCGGUUGUAAAGAGUUUGGGGCAACAACCCGGAUUAAUAUAUGUUGAAAUGUGUUUUUAUUUAAUUAGCUUAAAUCUGUUAAUUUUCAAUGAAAAUUUGGAGCAGCGCUCGGUGCAUGUGUUUGGAACUAAACUAAAGAUGCUAUAACUAUAUAACGAUGUAUAUAAGUAUCGAGCACUGCUAAUACCUUAAGAGUCCGCCUGUCAACCGUGAGUUCGUGCGUUCGAAUCACACUUGUGCAUCUUUAUACUUUUCUGCCUGUGUGUACUAUUAACAGUCGUACCGUGAAGGGAAACAUCAGGAAGCUGGCAUGCCUUAAGUCAGGUACAGAGCUGAUGACUACGUAACUUACAUAAAAUAAAAUAUAACGAAACACAUACUAUAUAUAAAGUUCCGCCAUUGCAGGCACAUAUCAUGUCAAUUUCCUUAAGGCAACAGUUUCAUGCCAUACCUUGAUUCGCUGGGAAUCGACACCUCCACCUUAGGUAAUAUAGAAUUGAAUCUCGAUUGAGAAAUAAUUGGUAAAUGAAAAAUUAAGAUCGAUUGAUUACGUAUAUAUUCAAAUUUUUAUUUCUGUUAUAAUCAUUUAAGUAGUCAUUGGUACAUAAUCAUCUUCUGAAUUGGAAAAAUGGAGGAUUCUAUGUAUUUGAAUUAUUGUGGUAAUCAAAAUUUAGAAGGGUAAGUUUCUCAUUUCUUUUAUAAUCAUUCUUUAAGUAGUACAUAAACCAGGUACAUAAUUUAAUCAUUAUCUGUAUUAAACAUGUUAAGAAUUUG